AUCCAGGGCCGACGGCACACCCAGGCUGCCUGCCGAAAUCUGCAAUCUCUGUCCCUAGAAACAGGCUUCCCUAAACACUCUUCCUGGUUCUGACAUGAGUUCCGGCUGCCUGCUGAGUUCGACCACCAGCGGCCAGGAGGAGUAGCCACUCAGUAGCAGCCGACGCCUGGGGCCACCAUGAACUGGGGGAUCUUCGAGGGGCUCCUGAGCGGAGUCAACAAGUACGCCACCGCCUUCGGGCGCGUCUGGCUGUCCCUGGUCUUCAUCUUCCGUGUGCUGGUGUACCUGGUGACCGCCGAGCGCGUGUGGAGCGACGACCACAAAGACUUCAACUGUGACACCCGCCAGCCAGGCUGCUCCAAUGUCUGCUUUGACGAGUUCUUCCCCGUGACCCACGUGCGCCUCUGGGCCCUGCAGCUCAUCCUGGUCACGUGCCCCUCGCUGCUCGUGGUCAUGCACGUGGCCUACCGCGAGGCUCGGGAGAAGAAGCACCAAGAGGCGGCGGGGAAGGACGGUGGGCGCCUCUACCUAAACCCCGGAAAGAAGAGGGGUGGGCUCUGGUGGACGUACGUCUUCAGCCUGGUGUUCAAGGCUGGUGUGGAUGCCGCCUUCCUCUACGUGUUCCAUUUGUUCUACCCCAAAUACACCCUCCCUCGGGUGGUCAAGUGCCACGCGGCUCCGUGUCCCAACACGGUGGACUGCUUCAUCUCCAAGCCCACGGAGAAAAACAUCUUCACUCUCUUCAUGGUAAUCACGGCUGCCAUCUGCAUCCUGCUCAACCUGGUGGAGCUGGCCUACCUGGUAAGCAAGAGGUGCCGUGAGUGCCUGGUGGCCAGGAGAGCCCGGGCCAGGCAUGUGGGCCGCCACCGGGACUGGGCCGCCUCUUCCUGCAAACCAGACGACCUCCUCUCUGGAGACCUCAUCUUUCUGGGCUCCGACACUCCCCCUCCUCUCUUACUGGACCACCCUCAAGACUACGUGAAGAAAACCAAUGUGUGAGGGGCUGCCUGGUCCCGUCUGGGUUGGAAGGACCCGGCACCUCUCAGAGAUGCAGCCUUGGGGGUGGGGGUGCUAAGCUGUGAGGGGUGGGGGGCAGGCAAGAGGGAGGGACAGAUGACCUGGGGUCAAGUCCCUAUUCCCCAGCUCCUGCCACAGCCCAGCUGGGUGCUUGGACAAGGUACCCCUCAGAGCUGAACCUCAGUUUCCUUUUGUGUGAAACAGAGAUGAGAAGGCCCACCUCCCAGGGUUGUCGCAGUGAAGAGGGGUUUAAUAAGAGAGAAUAACAUGCCUUCGGUGUGUGGGGCCCACAGUCAGGGCUUAAUAAAAGUCAGCGCAU